GUACAAUUGCCAUGAAUGAUUAUACAGAAGCUGGAACAAUUGUCUUUCUUUUCACUAUUGCUGAAUGGCUUGAGACUAGGGCAAGCCACAAGGCAACCGCUGUAAUGUCACAACUGAUGAACAUAGCCCCUCAAAAGGCAGUAAUAGCGGAAACUGGAGAAGAAGUUGACGCUGGGGAGGUGGGGUUAAACACUGUGGUCGCAGUUAAGGCAGGUGAAAUUAUACCAACUGAUGGAAUUGUUGUGGACGGCAAAUGUGGAGUCGAUGAAAAAAACUCAACUGGGGAGUCAUUUCCUGUGGCAAAGCAAAAGGAUUCCUCUGUUUGGGCUGGCACUAUCAACCGAAAUGGUUACAUUCAUGUAAAAACUACAGCUUUAGCUGAAGAUUGUGUGGUGGCUAAAAUGGCAAAACUAGUGGAAGGAGCUCAUAAUGGCAAAACUAGUUACCAAAGAAUCAUUGACAAAUGUGCCCACUAUUAUACGCCAGCUGUAAUAAUUAUAUCAGCCUGUGUUGCGGUGAUUCCAGCUGCAUUAAGAGUAAAAAACCGCAGCAACUGGUUUCAUUUAGCAUUGGUUGUUUUAGUUAUUGCGUGCCCUUGUGUUCUAAUCCUCUCAACACCAGUUGCCACUUUCUGUGCACUAAAAGCUGCAACUUCGGGUCUUCUCUUCAAAGGAGUAGACUAUCUUGAAGUUCUUGCCAAAGUUAAGGUCAUGGCUUUUGACAAAACAGGAACUAUUACAAGGGGUGAAUUUGUCGUCUCCGAAUUUCAUUCUCUCAAUGGAGAUAUAAACUCAAACACUUUGAUGCAAUGGGUAUCAAGCAUUGAGAGUAAGUCAAGCCAUCCAGUGGCAGCUGCUUUGGUUGAUUAUGGAAGGUCACUCUCUCUUGAACCAAAGCCUGAAAGUGUUGAAGACUAUCAGAAUUUUCCUGGAGAAGGAAUUUAUGGAAAGAUUGAUGGGGAAGAAAUUUAUAUUGGAAGCAGAAAAAUUGCACUGAGAGCAGGAUGUCAAACAGUGCCAUCUGUGGAAGGAGUUAAUAAAGAAGGAAAAACCAUUGGAUACACAUACUUUAGAGCAUCCCUUGUUGGAAUUUCUAGUCUCUCUGAUGCAUGUCGAACCAGGGCAGCUGAAGCAGUCAAGGAGUUGAACUCUAUGGGAAUUAAAACUGCUUUGCUUACAGGAGAUAAUCAAGCAUCGGCUAUGGAGGCUCAACAACAGUUAGGAAAUUCUCUGGAGGUAGUCCAUUCAGAACUUUUGCCAGAAGACAAGGUGAAAAUCAUCAAAGAGUUUAAGAACGAAGGGCCAACUGCCAUGAUUGGAGAUGGUGUAAAUGAUGCGCCUGCAUUAGCUACAGCAGACAUUGGCAUAUCGAUGGGAAUCUCAGGUUCAGCACUGGCAACUGAGACAGGACAUGUUAUUCUUAUGUCAAAUGACAUAAGAAAAGUUCCAGCAGCCAUCAAACUCGCAAGGAAAGCUCGUUCGAAAGUAAUAGAGAAUGUGAUUAUGUCCAUGUCUACAAAGGCUGCUAUCCUUGUCUUGGCCAUUGUUGGUCACCUACUUGUUUGGGCUGCUGUUCUUGCUGAUGUGGGGACAUGCCUGCUGGUGAUCCUUAAUAGUAUGCUAAUUUUGAAAGGAACUCAAACUCAUGAAGGUGACGGAUGCAAAUCUUCUGCUAAGUCGUUUCAUCACAAACAUGGAGGAAAAUGCUGUAGAUCUUCAGCUCAAUCGCACAAUCACAAACAUGGAGGAAACAAUUUGCAAAUCUUCACCUGCGCUACAUAUUCACGAACAUGGAGGAAAGUGUUGCGAAUCCUCAGAAGAACCACAGAAGAUGGAAGAAUCUCAAGUCAUGGUCACUGCCACACAGUCCAUUGUAGCGAAAGUGAUGUGACCAACCACAUAGGAAAUGAAUCAGGAAAAGCAGUAGAAAGCGUUUGUGAUCAUGGACUUCUGUUAGGUCUCCCAUCUGCAUUUCACGCAGGAGAAGGGAACAUGAGAAAGGCAGGAAUCAACAUGGUUGUUAUGAAGAAUAAAAAGGAGGAGACAGCAGCACUGGAAAAGGCAGAAAAUUCAGAAAAAGUUGAGGGAAUUUCCAGAAAUGAAAUAUUAUUACUUUGCCACUUCACUGUUACAUUGAAAUAUCUGUUUGUGUUGAGCUGCUUGAGCUGUUUGACUUUCUGCAUAAGUUCGGAGAAGAGAGAAAUAAGUGCUUGUUGCAAAAGCUACUACAUGAAGCAAUGAUGUGCUAAGCAUGGGCAUUUAGGAGCUGGGUUUGGAGGAGGAUUAACUGAAGUUGUCACAGAAUAG